AUCGGGGAAGGGGCGCGUUUCUCUCGCGCUGGGGGAUUCUUUGGUUAGGUCGGCCACGGCACGCGGUCCAUCUGAAUUUGUCCAGCCAGUCAGCUGUGUGGUACCUCUGUCCCUCUCCUCCUCUCCUUCAAUGACGGGCACACGCGUGUGAUAUAGUCCCACGCGCGCGAAAGAGAGAGAGAGAGAGAGAUCGAACUUCCUUGACUCCCCGCCACGUCCCCUUCCUAAGUGGAAGAAAAAACGAAACGCGUUGUCCCCCUUUGUUCGAAUCGAUAUUUCGCAACGCGCGUGGCAUCGCACGCACGCACUCCAGGGGCGGCGUGACGGCCACGCGCCAUUAGAUUCGACCAGGCCCUGUGAACGGGUUGGCUGUUUACGUGCGACUUACCGAGGUUUUUAGUGUACAGCGAGUGUACGCUCCCCUGAGGAUUCAGUAGUCGUAGCAUUGUGAUCGAGUGUUACCAGUGGAAAGGAUGUCACUGAAACCCAAGAGGGUGGAUUUUAAUCAGACAUGGCAUGUACUGCAAGAGACUAUUAAGGGUGUGAUCACGUUGGCAAACAUCCCUCGUGCUAUAUGGAACGACAGAUUUAGUGAUGUCUAUUCUCUAUGCGUUGCAUAUCCCGAGCCAUUAGCGGAUCGUCUGUACGACGAGACAAAGAGGUUUCUGGUUAAUCAUGUUGACCAUCUGCUGAUAGAGGUCAAUUCAUAUGAGGACAAGUGGGAUCUGCUCCCGGCAUAUUAUCGCGCCUGGACAGAAUACUCGCAGGGCAUUUACUACCUGCACAGCUUAUACUUGUAUCUCAAUCAACAACACAUCAAAAAGCAGAAGCUCUCUGAGGCAGAGCUCAUCUAUGGCACAAGUUUGCACAAUAGGGAGGAAGAGUGCCAGGAGCAAAUGGAGAUUGGUGAGCUGGGCCUGGACAUUUGGAAGAAGAAGAUGAUAAUACCGCUCAAGGAUAAACUUGUCUCUCUUCUGCUCACGUGUAUCAAUGCUGACAGAGAUAUGACAUUACUGGCACCGACUGACGUUAUUUGUGGGGUCAUAGCAAGUUUCGUUCGAGUUGAAGAGCACAAGAUGAAAGGCCAAUUAAACUUGUAUCAAGAAAUUUUCGAGGAGCCUUUUUUAAAGGCUAGUGGAGACUUUUAUACAGCAGAAGCAACAGUGUUGCUACAAUUUUCGGAUGUGACGCGUUACAUAGAAAAAGUAACGUGGAGACUCGCUCAAGAAGAGGCACGAGCUUACAAGUUCCUUCAUAAGAGUUCUGUAGCAAAAGUUAAAGCAUGCUGUGAGGAUAAAAUGGUAGCUGCAUAUGUAGAUUUACUUCAUUCAGAGGCUGAAAUAAUGAUAAAAAAUGAACGCAGACGAGAUUUGGCUCUUCUUUAUCCAUUACUAAGGUCUCUUCCAGGAGGCUUAGAUCCACUCGUGCAACAUCUCACCCGUCACAUUAAGUUACAAGGACUACAGGAAAUUGGACCUUUGUGUGGAGAAAAUGUGUACAUACAGUUUGUGGAGAAUAUGUUAAAUGUACAUUCUAAAUAUUCAGAAAUGAUUAAGGAAGUAUUCAAUUCAGAUCAAAGUUUCGUAGGUGCUCUCGAUAAAGCUUGUUCCGCGAUCGUGAAUUACAGAUCCUCUCCGAAAACACCUGUCCGAGCUCCGGAAUUGUUGGCGAAAUAUUGCGACACUCUACUGAAGAAAUCUCCAAGAACUGCCUCCGAAAGUGAAAUCGAAAAUAAAUUGAAACGUUCGAUAAUUGUGUUCAAGUACGUGGACGAUAAGGACGUGUUCCAGAAAUUCUAUUCGCGUAUGCUGGCGAAACGACUGAUACAUCAGCAGUCACAGUCGAUGGAUGCCGAGGAGAUGAUGAUCGACGAUCUGAAACGGGCAUGUGGUUACGAAUUUACGAACAAGCUUCAUCGCAUGUUUACAGACAUGUCUGUCUCUGCAGAUCUCAACGCGAAGUUCACGGCAACCUUGCGGGAGGGCGAGGGUGAGAAUCAAUUGGGUACCGGUUUCGCGGUCAAAGUGUUGCAAGCCGGCGCUUGGCCGCUUGGGUUACCACCGUCGCCUGGCCCGUUUCAUAUUCCACAGGAGCUGGAGAAAUCCAUCCAAGCUUUUGAGUCGUUUUACCACAUGCAGUUUAGUGGCCGAAAGCUCACGUGGCUGCACCAUCUGAGUCAGGGUGAGCUUAAGUUCAACUACUUGAAGAAACCGUAUUUAGUCACUGUGCAAACGUAUCAAAUGGCGUUACUGUUACUCUUCGAGCAAUGCGACGCGAUACCGUGCAAGGAGGCGGCCACUUCGUUACGUCUAUCGCACGACCAGUUGGUCAAGCAUGCCGCCAGUCUCGUAGACUGUAAAAUCCUCAACAAGUCCGACGACGGCGAAUUACAGGAAGAUACUGUCCUCACGCUCAAUUUCAAUUACUCGAACAAAAGAACCAAGUUUCGUGUAACGGGCGUACUGCAGCGAGACGCGCCGCAGGAUGCGGAAGCCACGCAUCGCAGUGUAGAUGAAGACAGAAAGAUGUUCCUGCAGGCGGCUAUAGUUCGUAUUAUGAAGAGUCGUAAGGUAUUGAGACACAAUCAGCUCAUACAGGAGGUGCUGAGUCAAUCAAAAGUUACUUUUGCACCUUCUAUCGGAAUGAUUAAGAAGUGCAUUGAAACCCUGAUAGACAAACAGUAUAUCGAACGUGCGCCAAAUAGUGCGGACGAGUACUCAUACAUUGCGUAACCUUUUAAUCUCUGUCACUAAUUUAUUUCACUUGAGAUGCAUCCUGAGAAAGUGUUCUAUAGUUUUGACAGUUGGCGAGGCUCCGACGAAACUAAUCGGUUGCUUAUCUUUAAUAAUUAUUGAAAUUUUCGAAGAUAAUUAUUUCGAAGUAUUCAAAGAUCUGAAGAAAAAGAAAACCGCCAGUGAAAACAGACAUUUCUCAGUACAGACACUUGAAAGAUGUCAGAAAAAGCAUCUUAGAUUGCUUAUUUGCUCCUAGGAUCAAUCAAUUAAUAAAUAAAUAAUUUACUGACUUGUAACAUACUGCACACUGAAUAAAGUUGACGUUACUAUUUUA